CUGCUUUUCCAGAGUUUGAUUUCCAGCACCCACGUCAUGUGGCUAAAAUAAUCUAUAACUCCAGCCCCAGGGAAAGCCAGCACCCCUGACCUCUCUGGGUACGUGCAUUCAUGUGUGCACAUACACAUAAUGAAAAUUACGAAAAGGCUUUGCCUGAUCCCAAGCCACUUGAACUUCCCCUAGCCUCCACCAGGUGGUGGCCCUGAUGCUGUUUCGUCCCAGGCCUCUCCCUACUGGACCUUGGCCUGCAUCCCGGGUUUGCAGUUGUGGUUUAUUUUUGGCAGGCCAGCCUUCCAUCACCAAGUACCAAGCCCCAGAAGUAGAAAAAGCUAGCAACUCCAAGCAUAAGUGGCUGCUCACGGCACUGCUUCAGUCCUUCACGAUCCCCAGUCUCCGAAGGGCUCCAGGACCUUGGAAUUCUUGUUAUUUUCAUUUAAGAGCCUGCAAGGACAUAACGGGGAGUCAGCAGUGUGGUCAGGCGCUGUAUCCACAAACCUACCUGCCAGGAAUAUGCAGUCAAAAUCAUCGACAUCACAGGCGGAGGCAGCUUCAGCUCCAAGGAGAUACAGGAGCUUCGGGAAGCCACACUGAAGGAGGUGGACAUCCUGCAGAAGGUCUCCGGGCACCCCAACAUCAGAUGAAGAGAGGGGAACUCUUUGACUACCUCACUGAGAAGGUCACCUUGACUGAGAAAGAAACCAGAAAGAUCAUGCGGGCCCUGCUGGAGGUGAUUUGCACCCUGCACAAACUCAACAUUGUCCACCGGGACCUGAAGCCGGAGAACAUCCUUCUAGAUGAUGACAUGAACAUCAAGCUCACAGACUUUGGGUUUUCCUGCCAGCUGAAGCCAGGAGAGAGGCUCCGAGAGGUCUGCGGGACCCCCAUUUAUCUGGCCCCCGAAAUCAUCCAGUGCUCCAUGGACGACAGCCAUCCUGGCUAUGGGAAGGAGGUGGACAUGUGGAGCACUGGCGUCAUCAUGUACACGCUCCUGGCUGGCUCCCCACCCUUCUGGCACCGGAAGCAGAUGCUGAUGUUGAGGAUGAUUGUGGACGGCAAAUACCAGUUUGGCUCACCAGAAUGGGAUGACUACUCAGACACAGUGAAAGACUUGGUGUCUCGCUUCUUGGUGGUGAAACCCCAGGACCGCUGCUCGGCAGAAGAGGCUUUGGCGCACCCGUUCUUCCAGCAGUACGUGGUGGAGGAAGUGCGGCACUUCAGUCCCCGAGGGAAGUUCAAGGUGAUAUGCCUAACCGUGCUGGCCUCUGUAAGGAUCUACUACCAGUACCGUCGGUUGAAGCCCAUAACCAGGGAGAUCGUCAUCCGAGACCCCUACGCGCUGAGGCCUCUUCGUAAGCUCAUCGACGCCUACGCUUUCCGAAUCUACGGUCACUGGGUGAAGAAAGGGCAGCAGCAGAAUAGAGCUGCCCUCUUCGAGAACACACCCAAGGCAGUGCUCCUCUCCUUGGCCGAGGAGGAGGACUUCUGAGGGUAGUAGGACACCCCCAGAACUGUGGAGUCCCCAAAGAAUCCUCUGCGUCGUUGCAGGUGGCCCUACUCUGUGCACCCCACUAAUAGCACAGGGUGUUCCCAUUAAACAGCAGUAAUUACAGCUAGGGCUGGGUGUGGUGGCCUGUGCCUGUUGUCCUGAGGCAACAGGAUCCCAGGUUCCAGGACAACCUAGGCAGCUUAGUGUUG